UACGUGGUGCUGCUGAUGGCCACGUUCUGGUGCACGGAGGCCCUUCCUCUUGCCGUCACCGCGAUGCUUCCAGUCUGCCUCUUCCCAACACUGGGAAUCAUUCCGUCCAAAAAGAUCUGCCCUCAGUACUUCCUCGAGACCAACUUCCUCUUCCUCAGCGGGCUCGUCAUGGCGUCGUCCAUCGAGGAGUGGGGCCUGCAUCGCAGAAUCGCCCUGAAGGUCCUGAGCAUCGUGGGAGUGAAACCAGCCUGGCUCAUAUUUGGAAUGAUGAUGACUUCAGCCUUCUUGUCCAUGUGGCUCAGCAACACGGCCACGACGGCCAUGAUGCUUCCCAUCGCUAACGCCAUCCUGGAGAGUCUGUUUGGAGACCUGGAGACGCUGAAGAAGAACUGCAAGUCCCCAAAGGAUUCGGACAGCGAUAUCAUAAAUGGUCAGUGCACCUUAAAGAUGCAUACGCUGCCGGCCGUGCCUUUGGAAAAACAACUGCUGUCGAUAGACGGGACGGACGGGACGGAGCCGGCUGACGAGAGGACGGCCGAGGAGAUCCGAUCGGAGUCGGAGUAUCAGCUGAAGGUGUGGAAGGGAUUCUUGAUCUGUAUUCCUUACGCAGCCAGCAUCGGAGGAACGGCCACGCUCACUGGCACCGCCCCCAACCUCAUCCUGAUUGGUCAGCUGAAGAGCUACUUUCCGGAAUGUGACCUCAUCAACUUUGGUUCCUGGUUUGCGUUUGCGUUCCCCCUCAUGCUUAUCUUCCUGUUUGUGGGAUGGUUGUGGAUUGCUUAUCUCUACGGGGGACUCAACACACGAUUGUGCAUCCAGAGACACGACCGAAGAGCCCAGGCCGAGGCCAGAGCCCAGGCUCUGAUCCAGGACGACUACAGGAAACUAGGGCCCAUAAAUUUCGCACAGGGAGCCAUCGCUUUCUUCUUUGUAUUGUUCGCUGUUCUCCUCUUCACACGAGAUCCCAAGUUUAUCCCCGGCUGGUCUGUGUUCUUUAAAAAAGGGUACGUCUCAGACGCCGUCACUGGUGUGAUCAUCGUCUCCAUUUUGUUCUUCUUCCCGUCGCAAAAACCUUCUCUGAGCUGGUGGCUCGACCCCCAAGCUUCCAACACUCGUUACGUUCCUCUCUUAUCGUGGCAGAAAGCCCAGGACUCUAUUCCCUGGAACAUCAUCCUCCUGCUCGGAGGCGGCUUCGCUAUGGCCAAAGCUUGUGAGGAGUCCGGCCUCGCCUCCUGGAUCGGGGGCCACCUCCAACCUUUGGCCGAGGUCCCCCCCGCCGCAGCUGUGAUGCUGAUCACUGCUUUCCUGGCCUGCUUCACUGAGUUCGCCAGCAACACGGCCACGAUCAUCAUAUUCCUGCCCGUCAUCGCUGAACUGGCUAUCCAUGUGUCAGUGCACCCUCUGUACUUCAUGAUACCAGCCACAGUAGGAUGCUCAUAUGCCUUCAUGCUGCCCGUGUCCACGCCUCCCAACUCCAUCGCCUUCGCAUCAGGACACCUCCUGGUCAAAGACAUGGUGAAGACGGGCUUCGUCAUGAACAUCCUGGGCAUCCUCUGUGUCUCCCUGGCCAUGAACACGUGGGGCGUCGCCAUGUUCGACCUGCACACGUAUCCGGAGUGGGCUCAUCCCAUCAACAAGACUGCUGCUGUGGUGGUUCAGGCGCUCAAUGCGACUCUCUGA